CUACCUUUUUCAUACAUGCACCAUAGUUUCUCACCUUCCAAAUCUCCAUUCUGCAAAGAGAAAACCCUUUUCUGAAAAACGUAAUACAGUCUCAGCUGGCCAAGGAUCUUUGAUCUUGAAAGGCUAGGUGUGUGACAACCUUAGUUGGUAGUCCUAAGGAGUUGUGCAAGAGUGAGCUUAAUUUGCUGAUGGCAACCCGCAGAUAUGCUUUUGGAAGGGCUGAUGAGGCCACUCAUCCUGACUCCAUGAGGGCCACUUUGGCUGAAUUUGCCUCCACUUUCAUCUUUGUCUUUGCUGGAGAAGGCUCUGGCCUUGCUUUGGUUAAGAUUUACCAGGAUUCAGCUUUCUCAGCUGGUGAACUGUUAGCACUUGCACUUGCCCAUGCUUUUGCUCUAUUUGCUGCUGUAUCUGCUAGCAUGCAUGUAUCAGGUGGCCAUGUCAACCCGGCUGUGACAUUCGGUGCUCUCGUUGGGGGGAGGAUCUCUGUUGUUCGUGCAGUAUACUACUGGGUUGCUCAACUUCUGGCUUCUAUUGUGGCUGCUCUUGUGCUCAGGCUUGUCACUAAUAACAUGAGGCCAUCAGGGUUCCGCGUGGCACCAGGUGUUGGAGUAGGACACAUGUUUAUUCUUGAGAUUGUGAUGACAUUUGGGCUGAUGUAUACAGUAUAUGCUACUGCAAUAGAUCCCAAAAGGGGUGCUGUUAGCAAUAUCGCACCCUUGGCAAUUGGGCUCAUUGUUGGAGCAAACAUCCUUGUUGGUGGGCCAUUUGAUGGAGCAUGUAUGAACCCUGCUCUGGCUUUUGGACCUUCCCUAGUGGGCUGGAGAUGGCACCAGCACUGGAUCUUCUGGGUGGGUCCAUUGAUUGGGGCAGCACUGGCAGCACUGGUGUAUGAAUAUGCUGUGAUCCCAAUUGAACCUCCCCCACACCACCACCAGCCCUUGGCUUCUGAAGAUUACUAAGUUGUUUCUACCAGUUGUUAUCAGUUGCUUUUUGUCAUCUAAAUAAAUAUAAUGGUAUGCUUGUGUUUUCCUGUGUUUUCUCAGCCAACCUUCUACUUGAGUGGUUACUAGGCUUCUGCAUGUGCAUGUUUAUUUUCUUGUUUUAGGAUCACAACUUCCAAAACCCAGUUGAGUGUGUAGCUGUUGUAUUUCGUCUUGUACACAUUGAAUAAAAUGUGUGAAACCGUAUGUUCUGUAGCGAUGCUGCAUCAGAUUA